AUUACCGGAGACCAAAAAAAUUGAUGGCAGCAUAAUGACACGCGAUGAUCAUAUUAAAUGGUUUCACGGCCGCUUGACACGCGAGGACGCCGAUGAGUUGCUCAAACAAAGUUGUGAUGAUGGGACAUUCCUGGUGCGCGAGAGCAGCACAGCAGCUGGCGACUUUGUGUUGAGUCUUUUGUAUCAGGGCGAGGUCUGUCACUAUCAAAUAAGACGUCAUGGCGAGGAUGCUUUCUUCUCGAUUGAUGACAAAGGACAGACAAAGAUUUUACAUGGCUUGGAAACACUGGUCGACUACUAUCAACAGGAACCCAAUGGCCUUAUCACCAAGCUAUCGGUGCCUCUCUCUGGCGAUCCGCCACCGCACAACACUCGCAGUCAGGGUGUGACUAAUUUGCUGCAUCGUGCCACCACCAAAAACGAGAGCAAAGUUGUAUUCGAGCUGCUUAAGUGCGGCUAUCGCAAUUUUGAUGCCAAGAAUCAGGAUGGUCAAACAGCGCUCCAUCUCGCCGCUCUGUACUGCAAUGAAGACGUGCUGAAAUUACUUUUGGAUGCUGGCGUUCAAGUGAACAGUUCGGAUGCAUUUGGCUGCCAACCACUUCACUACGCUUGCCGUCAGAAGCCUGGCAGCUUCAUACGCACGCUCAUUGCCGCUCAAGCCAAUGUAGAGGGUCGAAACAUUGAAAACGGAUAUGUUCCCUUACAUGAAGCGGCCAAGCAUGGCAAUCUGGAGGCCGUCCAGGUGUUACUCUCAGCACAUGCACCGCUUUUGCCACGCACCAGCUCCGGCGAAUUUCCCUUUGAUCUGGCCAAGGAGGCUGGCCAAACGGCUGUCGAGGAGUUUCUGCUAAACUACAAGCUGCCGGCAGCGAAUACUAGUCGUGAGAGCUGGUAUCAUAGUACACUUAAACGUGAUGAGGCCAUCGAUAUACUCAUGCAAUUCGCCAAUCGUCUGGAACGCAAGCAGCUUGCCAUGGGUCAGACGGUGGACACUUCGGGCUGCUUUCUGGUGCGCUAUUCCGAGUCGCCGGCCGCAUCGGGCUACGUGCUAACCUUGCUAAGCGAUCAAGUGGCCAAAAACUUUCGCAUCUCACAAGCGGAUCUCUAUCAGAACGGCACUAAAUUUGAGUCCACAGGCUCAAAAUUUUUGUACAUUGACGAUGGCCCCUAUUGGCCGAGUCUUGAGCACUUGGUGGAACAUUUCAUGCAUUUCUCCUAUGGUCUGCCUGUCAGUCUGAAGUAUGCAGUGCCACCUCAGCCCAAGCCGGAAGUGCCUUCCUUUGCCACCAUUCCGCGUGCAACACAUAAACAACGCGACACACACAGCGAACCGAAUGCAGUGUUGUCUCACCAUCCAGGUACCAGCUCUGGACAUCAGCAUGCGCAGCAUGGUCAUGUGCCUGCGCUGACGAUAGCCAAGAAGAAACAAAAGGAGAAUAGCAGCUCGAUAUUCAAUUCGUUGCGUCUGACCAGCCCUAAGAAGGGACUCUUCGAUAUGAACUCGCUGCGCAAAACCAAAUUGAAGAACAAGCGCAGCGAUUCAGAAAGCAGCGCCACUGGCGCAUCACCCAACAGCAGAGCCAGCGAAGAGUUGCAUGUGGCAGCGCCAAUGCUUAAGAAUCUCUCGUUCUCAACAGACUUUAGCAACUUCAAUGUAGAUGGCGGCGAGUUGUAUAAUGUGCCACGCAACAAUACACCCGUCGAGCUGCCGCCAAUUGCUCACAAGACUGAGGCCGAGGUGGAGUAUUUCACCAAGAGCGACGUUGCCAUUGAAAGGGAACGCGCUGCGGCCCAGAACACCAAUGGAUAUUUACCGACAAUGGAUGUGCUAAUGUUGAUGGAUCAACCGCUCAAACAGCUGGGUUCAUCUGACAAGGUAUCGCGCCUGGACUCUGUUGUAUCGACAGGUUCGACAGAGAGUGAAAUGGCUAGUUAUCUGCAGCGCAAGUGCAGCGGCGAUGGAGUAUUAGCUGGUAUCAAUAGCAGCGAACUGGAGGCAGCAAAACAGAGAUUUUUCAUACAAAAGGAUCAACUGGAGUUGGUCGCCGAGAUUGGAGCUGGCGAAUUUGGAUCUGUGUACAGGGGCUGGAUGAGGCAGACAAACGCACCAGACAAUCGUGUGGAGGUUGCCAUUAAGACUUUGCGCGACGCAGAGCAGCAAGCCAUAAAUAAACAGGAGUUUCUGCGCGAAGCAUCUGUCAUGAUGCGACUGGAGCACAAGUGCAUCGUGCGUUUGAUUGGCAUCUCAAAAGGUGAUAUGCUUAUGAUGGUUCAAGAGCUGGCGCCUUUUGGUUCCAUGCUUCAGUAUAUUCUGGAUCACAGUGAUGAGCUGAAGGUUAACUUUGAGCUAAAGCUCUGGGCAUCUCAAAUUGCCUGUGGCAUGCAUUAUUUAGAGAGCCAACAUUUUGUGCAUAGGGAUUUGGCAGCACGAAACAUUCUUUUGACUUCCCGGAGACAGGCGAAAAUCAGUGACUUUGGCAUGUCGCGUUCGUUGAGCGCCGGCAGCGAUGAAUAUCACUUCACCCAGGGUGGACGUUGGCCCAUUCGCUGGUAUGCACCGGAGAGCUUCAACAAUGGCAUCUUCUCUCAUGCCAGCGAUGUUUGGUCAUUUGGCGUCACACUGUGGGAGAUGUUUGCGCUGGGAGCACCUCCAUACGGUGACAAACUGAAUGCUGAUGCCAUCGAACUGGUAAAUCAGGGUUACCGAUUACCCCAACCAGAUCUCUGUCCGGCCUAUAUUUUUGCGGUAAUGCACAGCUGCUGGAAUCAGCAUCCCAAGGAGCGGCCAACCUUUGCCUACCUUAUGGAGUUUUUCAGUCGCGAUCCAGACUAUCAGAAUCUUCCGGAACUGGUGCACUCCGUGCACAUUUAAAGUAUCACCGCAAUUGUAUAUGUGUCCGUAUAAUGUGCAAUGUCUCUCCAUACACGUAGUUUGUGUGUAUUCGUCGUUGGCUUAGUAAAUUCCAAUUUGUAAUGUAUUAUCUACCACGUACCAUAAAAUCAAUUGUUUUUUGUGUCAAAUAGCGAACAAGUGUGCCUUACAUUAAAUAUAUUAAUCACUAUUCAAUAAACUUUGUAUAUACAUCAGUAAUAUGUAUACAAAAGAAUUCGUCUGCUGAU